AUGGCAUUAGACAUGGAAACAAGCAAUCCAGAUGAUUUUAUUAUUCUUCUUGGACAUCCAAUGAUACAUAUUGAAGCUGUAACAGUUGUUCGUUGUACUUCUGAUCAAAUUGGUUUCUUACGUUAUGUUCUUGGUCGUUUUAAUCAAAAUUUCAUCUUAAGAUAUAUGAAAAUGUUUCGACAAACGAAUCUCAACAAGCACCUGAUGGUUGCGAUAAAAAAAGAUUAUUCUUGUUUGUAG